UCAAUGGCCAGUCUCUGUUCGAAGGUCUCUAGCUGUCGACGCGACUCCACCAAUUACUCCUCAUGUCAGUGUGUCAUGCACGAGGCAGCAGUGGCAACCGUCGAAAGGGAAACACCGCGUACGUCCACGGUGUAUGAACAUCGUCGUUUGUCAAUGUUUUAAGAUGGCGGACGCAAACGAGAAAUUGUUGGCGGAACUCUUGAAAAAACCUGGGAAUAACGUGUGUGCGGAUUGUGGGGCCAAGAAUCCGGAAUGGGCGUCUUACAACAUAGGUAUAUUCGUCUGCAAAAGAUGCGCUGGUGUGCACAGAUCUAUGGGAGCGCAUAUAUCAAAGGUGAAACAUUUGAAGCUAGACCGGUGGGAGGAUUCUCAGGUGAAUAGGAUGCGCGAAGUCGGUAACGCCGCGGCGAGGCUGCACUAUGAGGAACGUGUACCUUCGUGCUAUCGUAAACCAAGCCCAGAUGCCCCGCAAGUUUUAGUCGAACAGUGGAUAAGAGCCAAAUAUGAGAGGGAGGAGUUUUGUCACCCUGAAAGACAGAAUCACUAUGUGUCAGGUUUUAUGGAAGGAUUCCUGAUGAAGCGCGGCAAGGAGGACUCACGUUACCAUCCGCGAAAAUUCGUACUCUGCGAGGCGGAGGACACUCUCAAGUAUCACGUUAAAGAGAACAAAGAACCUAAAGCCGUCUUGAGGAUAUCAGAGUUAAAUGUGGCGUUCGUACCGACCAAAACCGGCAAUCAGAACAGCCUUCAGUUGUCCUUUAUGAAAGACGGCACCACGAGACAUAUCUACGUUUAUCACGAGGAUCCGGAAGUGAUCACAAAUUGGUAUCUCGCGAUCAGAUGCGCAAAGUUGCAUCGUUUGCAAGUGGCGUACCCGGGCGCGAGUGAGAACGAGUUGCUGUCACAACUAACGAGGGAUUUUCCGCGCGAGGGUUUCCUGUGGAAAACCGGCCCCAGGCACACGGACGCUUACAAAAAGAGAUGGUUUACAUUGGACGGCAGAAAGCUAAUGUAUCACGACGAUCCCAUGGAUGCGCAUCCAAAGGGCGAAAUCUUCUUGGGACAUAGUUCCGAGGGUUUCGCCGUGAAAACGGGCGUACCGCCGGGCGCGAGGGACCAAGGAUUCUCGUUCACCCUUGAGACACCCGACAGAACUUACUUGCUCUCUGCGCAAAGCGACGACGAUAGGUCGCAGUGGAUCAACGUGAUCCAAAAAGUAAUUGAUAAACCACUAACGCCACAGGACGCGAGCGUAGCGGCGAGACUCGUAAGAAAGCGCACAGCCAGUGGCUCGAUGAAUAUAUUUUCGUCUACGAGAUAGGGCUGGAUUCCUCUUAGACGUCUUUCUUAAUUCUCAUUCACCGGUAAUACCGUACGAUCGAAUCGUAUUGUCGAGAUAUAGAAAAAUAUAUGACUCAGCACGCGCGCGAGAUGCGCAUGGCUAUGUCCGGAGCUAUUAUUUACUCAUCCAAGUGCUGUCGCCGUUGAGUCAUGUAUUUACUCAUAUACCUGCGCACGGUAAUGUAGCUUACAUAGAAUAACGCAUAAGACUGCUCGAAGAUUGUUGACGCGGGCGAAAAGAAAAUCAGUGAAAAGCACACAACCGCGCUCCUCGAUGACACUUUUGCGUUGCGAAGAUGCUUGUGUGUCGCUUUACUGUCUAAACCGAGGUUUUAGGCGGUAUCGUAACAAUACUAUAUACAAGGGAUUUUUACUUAGCAAUAACGUUGCGUGUGAUACUUGUCUCUGACAGUAUAACGUUCGGAGCGCACCGACCGAGGUAAACUCUCUUCCAGAAAUUUAGUUUAAUCUAUCGAACUAGCGAGACUGGUUUAGAAUAGAGACCUUUUUAAACGUUCAAAUUUGUCAAUGAUGAUUCGCAGUAUUCUCUUCUUCUCUUUUUUCUUUUAUUCUCUCUCUCUCUCUCUUUCUUAAUCUUUUUAAUCUUUUUCUCAACCCCAGUUGUGAUUUAUUUAAACUUCCACGAUCGAUAUAAGGCCGCAAGAGUGAAAGCGAUACACUGUACAUAAACAAUAAAUUCUGAGGGCCUAUCA